AGACCACUUUUAGGAUGACUUGGAGCAGUGAGGCCCUGCUCCUUUCCUCUGUGGCCCGUGACAGACUUAAAACAAUCAACAUGGAAGCUUUUGAAGAGCUACAACACUGAAGAAUGGCAUCAUCCAAGGACUGGCUAGGAUUUCUGUAAUUACACACUUCAUCACAGAGCCGCUCCACAUGCCAUCGCUGUCCCAGUGGGAUUUGUAUUUCAAGUAGGAGGCUGCACAGAACUGCACAAGAAAGAUGAGAGCAGAGAUCUUUCAUGAAUUCCAACUUCGAUGUCAGUCACUCGCCGCCAAUAACAACAGAGGCUUUAAGCAGGAAUUUGAGGAGCUGAAUGAUGUUGGCAAGGAGCUCUCCGCCAGGGCAGGAGAACUGGAGGCCAACAGAGAGAAGAACAGGUACCCCUACAUUUUGCCAUAUGACCACUGUCGGGUGAGGCUGUCGCUUCAAGAUUCACAACCACACUCUGAUUAUAUCAACGCAAAUUUUGUGCCUGGUGGAACAUCAGAACGGGACUUCAUCUGUACCCAGGGUCCUUUGCACAGCACCAUGGCUGACUUCUGGAGGAUGGUGUGGGAGCAAAACGUCAGGAUAAUUGUAAUGGUGACAGCUCUGAGGCACAAGAACAUAGUGCUGUGUGAUCAGUAUUGGCCCCUAGAGCGAGGGGGGGCAGUGUGUCAUGGACUGAUCCAAGUGACCACUCUUAGUCGUAAACAAGGUCCAGAUUAUUUUAUCAGCACCAUUAACCUCAGAAAGAGAGGCUCUGCAACAGAGAAGACGGUCACACACUAUUACUAUCCUUCCUGGCCUGACCGGGGUGUGCCAAAAGAGCCAUCGUCCCUCUGCGCAUUCACCGAGCAUGUGAGGCAACAUCUGGAUGCUAUUCCAUGCCUUGGGCCAGCUGUGGUGCACUGCAGUGCGGGAGUCGGGCGGUCGGGGGCAUUUGUAACGUUGUUGUGGCUGAUGCAGCUGAGUGUGAGGGGCGUCCCACCUGAUAUCCGUGGUGCCGUGGAGGAUCUACGCCGACACCGAAUGUGGAUGGUCCAGAAUCUGGAGCAGUAUGUAUUUAUUCAUCAAUGUCUGCUGCACUGGCUCGGCAGAGGAACCGGGGGAUACCCUGCACGCGGCACACAGAGUCAGGGUGCCAGUUCUAAUGCUGGCCAGAUGCAGGAGAGACCGCACAGCGCCUCGGCACAGGGAGACGGAGGGAGGAGACAUCAGCAUCGACGACAGAAGCCUCACUCAAACCAAGCACAGAGCACCACGCAACAUGUGCUUCACCCCGGGAACUUACUGAGGAGGUUCCUGCCUUCUUCAAUGCAGUUCAACUCUAACUCACACACCUGA